CAGUGACGUCACCAGGAAGUAAACAGCCGCAGGAUUUAACGCUGCGCCACAAAGCGAGAGUUCAGUUUUUGGAUCGCAAGUUAGGUGCGUUUUGACAGUGAUUCCGUUAAUUAGUGAACGUAGGCUGACGCAGAAUGUCGGUGACCGUGAAAGCGUAUUUGCUGGGGAAAGAAGAAACCGUGAAGGAGAUCCGACGGUUCACGGUGGAUCCAGAAGCUUCCAGCAGCUUCGAAUAUCUCAACCGGAAGACGGCCCAAGUUUUCUCCAAUCUGAGCAACUUCAACAUGUUCUACAGAGAUGAGGACGGAGACUUGGUGGCAUUUUCGUCUGAUGACGAGUUGAUGAUGGGACUGGCUUGCAUGAAGGAUGCCACCUUCCGUCUCUACCUGAGAGAGAAGAAGGAGUUCCGGCGGGACUUUCCGCUUCAUGCCUUCCCACCGUUUGCCUUUGGCCCUCCUCCUGCUGGACCUGCUCAGGCUCCGCCCCCUCACCACAGUCCACCCCCUGCAGUACAUCCUAAUGUGACCUGUGAUGGCUGUGACAGCCCCGUGGUGGGAACCCGCUUCAAGUGUUCAGUAUGUCCUAACUAUGACCUGUGUACCACCUGCCAGGCGCAGGGGAUGCACACUGAGCAUGCUCUGCUGCCAAUAUGGCACCCGCUGCAGCAGUGGUUUCCUCGAGGGAGUUGGAUGAGGAGGAUGAGACACUGCAUGUGGAACCAGAAUCAGCACAAGGACCAAGAAGCUGGAGCUGACAACUCCAGUCCUGCUGCGCCUACUACUAACAGCAGCACCCCUUCUGAUUCCCAGGCUAAUGUGGACUUCCUGAAGAAUAUUGGUGAGGGUGUGGCUGCCAUGUUGAGCCCAUUAGGUAUUGACGUGGACAUCGACGUGGAACAUGAGGGCCAAAGGACCAAGGUCACUGCACCUCCCCAGAGCGGUGGUGCAGAGAAUGACAUGGAAAAGUAUGGAGCAAACAGUAACGGCGGAGCAAGCGACACUGCAAGGGGCUCCAGAGAUUCACCUAGUGAUGAGGAGUGGACUCACCUGAGUUCCAAAGAGGUAGACCCGUCCACGGGGGAGCUGCAGUCUCUGAAGGCGGCGUUUCAGCAGGAGGACCCCACACCAGCACCCUCAGGCCUUAGGGAGGCAGCCCUAUACCCCCACCUGCCUCAAGAGGCGGACCCUCGGCUGGUGGAGUCUCUGGCUCAGAUGCUGUCCAUGGGCUUUGAUGAUGAGGGUGGCUGGCUCACUCGCCUCCUGCAGGCCAAAGGCUAUGACAUCAGCGCCGCACUGGAUGCUAUUCAGUACGCCAAGCUGCCCCACCCCUCACAGCCAUGAUGGUGACAUCACAGGGGGUUGCUGACAUCAUAAUCACCCAAUUAAAAAUUGUGUAACCUUCUGUUUCCUGUAACCUCAGUUUUUUUAUGUUUGACAUUAAACUUCUUUAAUCUAAAAAAAAAAAAAAAAA